AUGGAAGCCGAUGCCACGCCAGCAGCCCCUUCUGCCGAUCAUGGCGCUUCCCGCGAUUCUCAGCACCCAGAGCCAGAACCAGAACCACAACCAGAACCAGAACCACAAGCCGAAUCAGAACCAGAACCACAAUCCGAAUCAGAUCCUCCUUGCCCAGGCUCGCAGCACCGCAGGAAAAAGCCUUCCUCGUUUGCCGCGCGCCUCGAUAAGGCUCCCGUGCGGCCCCAUCCACCUGGACUUUCAGCCGUGGUCCCGCCAGUUCUUCCUUCGCCUGUCAUGAAGGACCUCAAGCGAAGCAUGUACUGGCACCUCAAGAGUCUCAAGACUCAGCUACGUAUACAGAAAAUUCGGGACGAGAGGUCUAUGCCAGAUUCUGACUGGCGUGAGCUUCUCAAGGACCUGUCCUCCAUGACCCCGCCACGCCAUUCUUGGGGCACCGUCAUCCUCGAGGCAUCAACGGCCACUUUCAAAAAGGAAAAGUUGUUCUCGCCCGAUGAUUUUGGGAUCCGGGCCAUCAUGAUCAAGAGUGGCUGUGCAAUUGCAGCCGAUGUGCGUCCCGCAGAGACCGAAGGGGGAUGUGAGACUGUUGAUAUCACCAUCCAUGGUCCACCGUCUAGAUUGCAGUCUGCCAUUGAUUUGAUAAUCAACACGGUCGGGAAGGCUUCCCUCAAGGCCGUACCUCCAACCGUCGUAGCUGCUGAUUCGCACCAGGCCCAGGUCAGGAAAUCAAAGGCCAGCCAGUAUUACCAUGCCCCGUUCGACGUCGAAGAAGUCACUAGUCACUACGGUCCAGCUACCAAACUUGGUCAACUAAAUCCAAAUGAUCCUUCCGUAGUAGAAGACAUACCACGCCCCAGCCAGUGGACAUGCGACAGCCUCGAUCUCUACAUAGAACACAUCACUCACCUCGAGCUCUUCAAAUUGGCCAAGAAGAAUAAUUCGCGCCACAAACUUAGCCGCGACCACAUUCACGCAGUCUCAGAUAUACUCAACGAAAUCUUCAGCGAUCCGGAAACCUUCCCAUUCCUCACGCUCAAUUCGUGCCAUAGGGCACUGAAUUUUCUUAGGCGCUUUGCACCGACUCUCGGCAGCUACGAUUUACGAUUGUUCUGGUUUGCAACCCGCAACCCCAAAAAACUGAUUACAACCGAGACAUUUAACGUUGUGCUGGCGGCCUUUGGCCAUCUCAAAGAUCUCGGCACCUUCCAUCACUGGAUACGUUUCAUGGCUCGCUUCAACUGCAUGCCAAACAUCAGAACCUGGUUGAUCACCCUGCGCUUAUUUGAAAGCGCCGAGAUCAAGCGUUAUAUUCUCCACAUCCUCAGUGAAAAGGGCAUGCUCGACUCCCCAAGCACCAUUCGCCAAAUAGCAGCCAUCAUGAUAUCUCAUGAUACCCAGCUCGCGUUGGAACAGGGCUUGGAUUUGAAUCAGAUAAUUGCCAGGCAUGAUGGGCUGUAUGGUGGACGGGAAACCUGGCUUACGCGCAGUGGUGGCAUAGAUGUCAUGGAAGUCCUCUGCCACCACGGCCGCUUUGAGGACGCCUUGGAGGUGUUUAAACUCAUGGCCGCUCCUGGCCGCCCGCCUGCCGCAAAACCAAACCCCCGAGCGUUAAAUAUUCUACUUGCUUACGCCAACACUCACAGGCUGAACUUCUUUGCAAUAAGGGUGCUAAAGGCCUACAGUUCAGAAUACUCGGGGCGCCUAGACGAGCUCUCUUACAAGCUGCUAUUUGAUCUUUUCUGGAAGACGGAAUUGGCAAUCUCCGCUGCAACAGUGUGGCACUAUGCCGUCUUGACUGGUAAAACAACCAAGCUGGACCGUUGGAGGGCCAUCGGUAGAGCAUUGCGGCAAUUGAGACGCAUUGAUUUCAACAUGCUCAACUCUCCAGCUGACAUUGCCUAUCAACCAAUGUUAGCGGCUAGGACUGGGCGGUUACGCACUAUGGUCAGUCCAUUUACUGGCUCCUUGACAUGGUAUAGAAAAAAGGAAAAAAAAGUCAAGUCCGAGUCGGGUGAAGAAGCACCUACCUAUAUGAAACAGUGGCUAUGCGCCGUAAAGACGGCCGAUCUGAUCAAGCCUGGGUUUUUUCAAACUCACUAUGCCGCUUUUAUGCGAGAUUCAGAGACUCGCUUGGCUGCUAGGCAUACGGGUUACGGUCCCCAAGUCCCGCUCCAUAUUAUUUUACGCCUCACGAGCCUUGUUGACGUCAAGGUACACAACACCAUGUCUUCGUUCGAUAGACACGACAAAACGGACAAGGCUAACGCCACGCCGUCCUCGACAUCGCAAGACGAAAAUCCCGCGGUGCCAUCUCCCUUGCUUUCAUCGCGGCCAAGAAUCCCAGAGGACCUUCUACGUCUGAAGUUCAUCAUCCCGCUCCGACCCCUCAAAGGAAACGAACGUUUGCUCCUAACGCGCAAACGUAUCGAAUUGGAGGUGGACUACUCGCAUCUUUACUUGGGUCGGGAGAAUUUUGCCCAUGAGGAUUCUGAAAACCAAGGUGUACAAUCGUCGUCUGCUGAGAAGCCUGAAGCAAUCCAAGACGAUGCAUGA